GAAGGAAGGAAGGAAGGAAACAUGGUUCUGAAUCACAGUAUGGCGGUGCCAGAGUUACUGAGUAAAGCAGAGUUAAUAAAACAGGGAGCAGAAGCGCGGGUGUACCGGGUACAGUUUCUCGGGAAACCGGCCAUAGUGAAAGAAAGGUUUCCGAAACGAUAUAGACACCCGGUGCUGGACGAGAAGCUGACGCACCGCAGGGCGGUGCAGGAGGUUCGCUCCAUUCUGCGCUGCCGCAGAGCAGGCAUAUCUGCCCCUGUCGUCUACUUUGUGGACUACACCUCCAACUGUAUUUUCAUGGAGGAAAUUCUGGGUUCAUCGACUGUGCGUGACUACAUCACCUCCACUCAGCAGUCGGAUUCCUGUCAGGAACAGAAGCUAGAGCAGCUCGCUGAGCGGAUCGGCCAGGUUCUGGCCAAAAUGCAUGAUGAGGACGUCAUCCACGGAGACCUGACCACCUCCAACGUGCUGUUGAGACAUGGUCAGGAGGACAAAGUGUCUGACCUUGUCCUCAUUGACUUUGGCUUGAGUUACAUCUCUGCUCUGCCAGAAGAUAAGGGGGUGGACUUGUACGUUUUGGAGAAGGCUUUCCUCAGUACCCAUCCCAACACAGAGGCUCUGUUCCAGAAGCUGCUGAAGAGUUACACACUCUCAUCCAAGAAGUCGUCAGCAGUCAUCAAAAAGCUUGAUGAGGUUCGGUUAAGAGGGAGGAAGAGGUCCAUGGUGGGAUGAUGAUCCAACAUCCUAAAAUCUAAAAAUGUAUUUGUGCAUAUAAAAAAAUAAAUGUUUUGUCAUAAAGCUUUUGCUUCUAAUGAUGGACUGUAAUGAGGGUGGCACUUUUCAUGACUUUCACUGACUAUAUCUCAAAAAGUGCACCAGGAAUAUAUUACUGAAUUCUAACAGUCGAGUCAAACUUCAAACUAUUAUUUAAAAAAACAAAACCCUAUCAUUAUGCAGUGUGUGAAUGCAGAAUUGUUUAAAAGGUGCAGUGUGUAACAUUUGAUUUCCUGGCAGAAAUUCAUUUUACUUAUCAUAAAUAUGUCUCCAAGUGUAUAAUAGUCAGUCAGUCAUCAUCUACCGCUUUAUCCUCCACCAGAGGGUCGCGGG